AUGGCCAACACAAGUGCUGAUCCGGCCGCUGUGUCGCUACCAACUUCUGGUCUCUCUUCGCCCCAAUUCCAGACGAGGUCGCGCACCCAGAGCGUGUCGAGCGAUCGCCCUUCCACCAUUAUGAGCGCUGGCCUGAUGUCGCCUCCUCUCUCCGUAUCACCCGAACCCGCCUUCAUUGCCGCCUCGGCCGCUUCUCAGAUCGUCACCAACGAUCACGAUAGUCACGCAGAUACCUGGUACGAUCAACAUGGAAUCGAACCCGCAGGAGAGACGGCUUUGGUGUCGACAGCUGCGCUGCAAUUGGUGAAUAGCUUCCUCGACCAGCUCCUCUUCAACUUUUUGUCUGCCUCCCGCGCAACGACUCUUGCCGCCCUGCGACCAGCUGUGUCCGAAGUCUUGAAACCAAAACUCGCCAAAGAUGCUAUUAAUCAGGCUGAUGAGGAGCUGCGGGAGUACCUUGGCGGAGGUGAUGAGGAUGACCUGAUCCAGUCGCAAAGUCCGUCCUCGCAGAGGGACUGGGACUUAGAACUUGUUUGGAAGCGGACGCGGCUGAGGUGCAUGGUGUACUCGUCGCUCGGUGACAUGGAGGAGGAAGACGAAGACUACUACAUGGAGCAGGAAAAUCUCAAGCCUGCCAUGGAUGAGCGCGGGCCCGAAGUCAUCUCCCCUGCGGUCGCUAUUUUCUUGACGUCAAUCCUCGAAUACAUGGGCGAACAAGCCCUGGUCAUUGCCGGCCAAGCCGCAUACCACCGUCUACGAGCGAAGUUCGAGAAGGAGCCCAAGGAGGGCGCAAAGAGCAUUGCCGAUGUUGCUGACAGGAUUGUGGUUGAGGAGCUGGACAUGGAACGGGUCGCACUUGACAGGACUCUUGGCAGACUUUGGCGGGCAUGGAAGAAGAGGUUGCGUUCUCCUACUCUGGAAUCGCGCCCCUUUUCGCGCAAUUCUUCCGGUCAUCCCAGACAAUCCAGUACUCCGGAGGCCCGCGAGACCGCGCUCCCUGUAAAGGGCCUCGGAAUUCAAGAAGCCCCAAUCGAGGAACCCGAAAUCGACGACGUAGAGGAAUACGUGAAAGCAUCGGCCAUCCCUCUGCCGAUGGGGGGUCGCGAUGUUGAUGAGAUCGAAGUACCGGGAUUGGCUUCCUACAGCGACGACGAGUCGGAUCAUGAAGGUGAAGACGAGCCGGCGGCGCAACGACCGAAGAGCCUGAUGAUUUUUACUUCCCAGCCCAGCAAUGAUUUGCCCACCCCCACAAUGUCUCAACCUCACACGCCAACUGCUCCCUCGACUCGCAAGCGCUCAAAUUCCUUGCCGACCCCUUCGCCGUCCCCAUACACCUCUCCAAUUGUCAAACGCACCCGGGCUGAGCCAAUUGAGACUGGUUUGGUUGAUGAGCAGGUCGGCAUUCCAGAGAAGGAAAUUUCUACAGAGGCUGUGGAAGCCCAGCCAACCGAGACGCUGCCAACCCCAGACGACUUCACUAAGCCGAUCGUAGAGCAAGGGCCGGCUGAGACUCGGGAAGAAGAGUCAAAGCCAGUCUCUGAUGAAGCUCCUGAGCCGAAGCCUCGCAACCCUAAUCGCAUCUCACAAGUUGUCGCCCCUGUCGUCGCGACUGCGGCAUCCGCAGCGACCACAGUUGCUGUUGCUUCCACAGGCAAGCCACCACAGAAGGAGACUCGAUCAGCAGAAGAAAGUGGCGAUAUCGACGAUUUUACCGAGGAACCAGAAAUUUGCACCUCCUCUAGAGUUUCCAUCGCUGGGCGUAGCUCUCCGAGCAUCUCCGACUCCGGCAAACCUGUCGUGGUCGCUCCAAAGUUGUUGCAAAGAACACCUAGCGUCCACUCAGCUCGCGUUGUUGACGUUCACGGGCCUAAGAGCCCUGUGACCGGCUCCAGAGCGUCUUCGGUUGACGCUUCUGACCGCUCUCAGCAGGCCAGCCUCUCCCGUGCCAACAGUGUUUCUCGCGUAACACCACCCAUCAUCGAAGAGAAGCCGAAGCCUAAGCCAGUAGAGAUUGAAACCAUUAUUCGGUCAUCAACCUCGACACCGCGUACUCGGUCUCCCGUUGAGAAGUUGUCUCGGAGACAAAACACAAACGAGUCCAUCUCAGAAGUUGACGAGGAUGCCCAAGCUCAACCUUCACGGCUAACAUCGGCUGCGUCAAUACCAACGCCCACAGCCGGUACUCCUGCAAUCAGGUCUUCCCAGGCUAUUUUCAAUUCUUCCCAACGCACAGGGUCACCUCGUCGCGAUCACACUUCAUCCGCCACUAAAGUCACCAUCUUGAGGGACACGCACAACAACGGGCCUAUCGCCGAGGAACCUUCGCCACGCCAUCGGUCUCAUACGACGCCAAACGUGACUGACCGCAGUGGUGGUCGGUCAGCCAAUGGAACUCACUCCCCAGCGGCGAGCAUCGGAGUCGUGACUGUUGAGCGAUCUGCUGCUGCUGGACGCGACUCCCCCGAUCGCCCCAGGCACCUGCGAACCUCCGGCUCCUCUGGCUCUUCGAGCACGGGCAAGAUCCGAGCCGUCAGGACUUCUGAAGAUAGCAAGGCUUCCGGCCGUGCCGAUAACCUCGCUCGUAACUUUGAGGAGCUCAUUCAGAGUGACCAGACCAUUCAGUACACGCUUACGCCGGAGAGCAUGCGUGACAUUGAUGGAAACCGUGCACAAAGCGCAAGUCCGGUAGUUGGACCCAAGUCGAGGAGGAGCGAAGACGCCCGCACGGCCUUGAACGGCGAACGUAACAGGUCUGUCUCUGGAAUCGAUAUCCGAAGGACCAUGUCUGUCAGCCGCGCAACCGGCUUGAACUCGCACCCACCCGAAGCCAAGAACAAAGGUUUCGUUCCGAAGGCACCUCCUAGCACAACCCUCACUCGGUCGCGUACCGGCGGUCCACAGGCGAGAGACGCUCGGGUACCCCGCGACACUGCGAUGAACGAUUUUGCCGACUUCAUCAGGUCUACCGGCCCGACAGCUGACAACGGUCCUGCACCCCUACGGAACGUCAGCGGCCCACCGCCGCCUGUGAAACACAGCUUGGAUUCGAGACGCAUCUCAUCAUCGAACAACCGGCCACGACUACAAGCGCGGGAUGCUGCCGUCGACAAUCGCGAGGAUAACUCGGACCUAAUCGAUUUCAUCCGACGAGGACCGCCUAGCUCGAGCAAUCCCCGUAUUCCUCGAACAGUGGCUCCAUUCCGGACAACGAUGGAUUCUGACCAGAUGUCGGGUGCUGUGGGUGGCAAAGCUGUUGAUGCCAGCUUGCCAGAUAUUCGAUACAGUCAAGCGUCGACCAACGUGACGGAUAUCACCCAGCCCUCUGUACAGUCGUCGAUCAACUCCCAGAGCGCUCUUCUCAAGAAUCGUCCCAGUGGCAACGGCUUUGAUGACGACGAAAUGAUGCCCAAGCGCACGAGACGUCGCGUGCGCGAUCCGUACGCCAUCGACCUUAGCGAUGAAGACGAGGAGGAUUACGCGCAAGCUGUCCGGCCUCCGCCAAAGAAGGAAGAGAGCCUGGCCGACUUUUUGAAGAACUACUCGCCGCCGCCCGAACCCGCUGCCGCCCCUCACAACGUUCCCAAGAGGAAGGCGAGCGCUCCUAGUCUUAUUGGACGCUUCUCCAGAAAGGACAGCAGUGCGGGAUCCAACAGCGCAAAACCAGCCAAGGUUGACAGUCGGUCCUUGAACAGCCGCGCUGGAGGUGCACAUGGUCACGUUCCAAUCCAAGUCAACGCUCCUGGUCAGGACAAGUACGGGGCUUCUGACGCUACUGCCAGCCGUGGAGCCAUGCAUUCCUCGGGACGCGUGCCGAUGAAGAAGUUUGAGCCAAGGGAGGCCGUUUCGUCCACGAGCCGCACCAACGACCUGGCCUCAUUCCUUCGCAGCUCCGAGCCGCCACAGAUGACGCCUGCGGCCCGUGCCGCUACCGGAGAGCCUCAGCAACAAAGCAGCGGUAGCAGCUUUUCCAAAAUGUUUGGUCGCCGGAAGAAGUCGAACUUGGCUUAG